ACUGCUAAAGAGGCAGUUAGUGAGGUUCUCCCAGAGUCGAGCUGGAUUUACAACACAAAAGAUGCUGAAGUCACUGCUUGUCUCGGUGGUCGUGUUCGCCGCCUACACGGCUGCCAUGUUCGAGGGCACAUUCCGCGACCUGGACGGCGCCAUCAACAGCAUCGACCACAUUCCUCAGACCCAGAACAAAGCCUACAGCGAGAUCAACAACGCCUUCCAAAACAGCGGCUCCUAUGGCCAGGUCAUGGGUGGCAAGUUUGCGACCGGAAACGUAGUGUAUUCUGGGCCAGAGGGAGAGCACGUGCAAAGCAGUGGAUCCUAUGCCCAAGGAAAGGUUCAACAUUUUAAGAAUGGUCGACCUUUCGUGACCUAUGGUGGACGGGCGGUGGGAUACAGGGCACCGAUUUGUCUGAUUCCCGUGGAGUUAUCAGCACCGUUCCACCUCAAAGAAGACUCUUAUGGCUACCCCAAACGUUACAUCUACCAGGAACUGUACAACCGUCCACAAGUCAGAGCUGCUAUCCUGGGACUAAAACCAGGCCAGAUUCUCCAUUAUCCAAUCAAACCACACGUUAGGAGUUUGUCUAAAGUGGAUGUUUCGCCUGUUGCUACCGGUCUUGGUGGGUGCAGACAACGCAAACUGAGUCUGCGACGCUUCUACGCUUACGGCGGCCAGUGCUGGCUCAUCAACCCAACUUACCAGAGCAUCAGCUACGUCAGCUGCAAACAUGGCUGUGGUUAUGACGUUGGUGACGGAAGUAGAAGCUACUGUGCCGGAAACCACGUGACCAAGUACGUGUGGGCGUACUGCGAGGGUCUGAGGUACGGCGCUAGGAUCCAGGCAGUGGCGGUUCCUCUCCCCAAGAGCUGCAGCUGUCAAACAUACCAGUGCAAGUGAGCGUCAGACGUGGCCAGACGUGCUUAGUGUACCCGUAGAUCAGGUACUCCGCAUGCUCAACACUCGGAAGAUGUAGUGUUUUUGGCCAGUUUUAAGGCAGAGUAAAUAUCUGUUCUAAAUCUCCUUCGGUAAUAAAGCUUUCAUCUAUUUUUAA